UCAUCUGGGAAACCUGACUCAGUGCUGACUUCAUCAGUGGAGAAGGACUAGGUAAAGAACCCCACCAUGAAGCAGGGACUGCUUGUCAGUGGGUCUUGGCCUCGGGGAGUAGUGGUGAGAGUCCAACCUCUUUCCAUUUCUGGCUCCUGAGCUCUGGGUGAGUGGGGCUUCCUUCCAGGACACCCUGCCUUGCUCAGGACACCUUCCUAACUGGUCUUUGAGCUAGAGAUGCUGUGAGAUUGGGAGCACUCACAGGGUUAACAGAUGGCUGGGUCCAUAAUGCUGGCCCCUUCACAAUGGUUACCAGGCAACAGGUCUCUUUCAGGGAAGGAAGGUGGACACAGAAAGGGCUGAACCAGCAAGGGCAGAGUCAAAGCAAAUGACAGCUACUCAGAAACACAGCCUCUUCACUCCAGAACCCCACUACAUCCCUGGCUAUGCUGGUUUCUAUCCUCAACUGCGCUACCAGGUGGGGAACACCUAUGGCCGCACUACUGCGCAGCUGCUCACAGAUCCCAGCGUCCAGAAGAGCCCCUGCUCUGUUCUGUCACCUAUGUCCAAGCCCAAGUUCAUCGAGGACUUCAGCAAAUCUAAGUCACCAUGGAUUCCCUGCAGGGACCUGACAGAGCCUUACAUCCCCCACUAUACCAGUCUGAAACCCUACAAGAAUUUUGAGAUCCUGGGCCAGCUCCCACGCCAGGAGAUGGACACCCAGGGGCCGCCACAGGUAGAGAACAUAUCCAGACAGGUUUCAAUGCCUGCAGGCUUCAUGCCUUAUCCUCCCUACCCACCAUUCCCUCCAGGGAGAAAGGGAGAGGCUAAAGACCUGGGGCACCCAGGUCUACUGCUAUCAUAUGGGGAAGAGGCCUGGAAGAAUGCAGCACCUCUUCAGGAGACCCCAGGGAGGUACCAGCUAUACCACUGCAGGAGGGAUGAGUACCUGCCUCCACAUCCCCCGCAGGAGACACUAGAUGUGGGCAGGUUCCAGCGACUACCCCAGCUAGACCACCCCAACCUAAUCCAACGCAAGGCCAUCUCAGGUUAUGCUGGCUUUGUCCCCCGGUUUGCCUGGGUGAUGGGGAUGAAUUACCGUGAUGGAGUCACACAAGCUAUGGAUGACUUUGACAAGAACCAGUUCAUAUUCAGACACCCAGUCUGUGCUCUGGGCGAAAGGCUGCCCAGGACCCACUGGCCAAGCACCACCAUCUACAGAAGCCAAGGCCUGAUUCCCUUCUACAUGGGCUUCAUCCCAUCCAUGCAGGACAACUACGCGCUGACAUUCGGUAACAGCACCCGAAAGGCCUAUCAGAAGGAACUGGAGAGGCGAAGCCACACACUAUGA